CCGCGAGCCAGUUCCGACGUAGAGAGCGGACGACUAAGACUAAUCCUAACAGAGCUGCUUGUCGACCCACGUUUCCGCGCCACCGUGUUGCGCUUCCUUUCGUAAAUCGAGAGAGAAUCCGCGAGGAGACGGGUUGUCCAUGCUCCUCGCCAGUCGACCUGUGCUCCUCGUCCGCCAGUUAUCCAGCAACCAGUCGCGAUUAAUAUGGGCGCCUGGAUGUCCUGGCUGAUCCUGUUGCAGCUGUCGUCCGUGUUUGUCCACGGCUACGACAACGUGGGAUUCGACGGCUGGUAUCAACCGGUUCCGCAUCGGCCGGUCGACAUCAUCACGGACGUUAUUAACGACCUAGGCGUGCGGAUUCUGCAACAGUACACGGCCCACGGGAACGUUGCAUUCUCGCCGACGGGGGUUGGCUUCAUCCUGGCCGCACUUUACGAGGGCUCGGCUGGCAGAGGAAGACAGCAAAUCGCGGAUGCUCUUGGUCUACCGCGAGAUCGAGACAUCACCAGGAUCGGUUUUCGCGAUAUCCAUCGUAGAUUGAGGACGUAUUUGAACGCUGAUGGAUUCCUCGGGGGUCUAACGCUCAAUCACGAGAACACGAAACUGAGGCCAGAGUACGAAGACAUCCUUCGGUUCUACGGAUUCGAUCUGUCUAUCCCUGAGGAGGAGACCAACGAAACCGAAACUACUUCUGUACCAGAAACAACUAGUGCGAUGACUGAACAAUCGACGACCGAAGCAAGAACGUUGGUUCCUGACGAAACUACUACGCCAAGUACAACAAUAAGAACUAUGCAGAGUUCUGAGGUCACUAGCGAUAUACCAAUGUCCACUACUCCCAUGGUUGAACUUAUUGAAAUGACCUUAAGCACCGUAGACGAGCAAGAUAGAUUGACACAAACUAUUUCUGAUAGUGCUGUUUUAACGGGUGCUACAGUAGCUACUACCCUGCCUAGUUUAGUUACAACUUUAUCUACCGAGGCAAUGACUACAUCUACGAGCACCUUGCCUAGUUCAAUUACAACUUCAUCUGAAACUUCUACCACUGUUAUUUCUACUACUACUACUACUGCAGCUACUACAACAACUUCUGAAAUACCGCAGACAACCGUUACAAAUUCUGCUCAACCUAUAACGAUGGUCACUUCCACACCAAGUAUUCAAUCGCCAAAUGCUGAUGGAACAUCAAGUACGCCAUCGACUUUGACGAGUACCGUUGCGAUUAUAUCUACUCCAAGUUCAACUUCGGAGACGGCCGUAACAUUUUCAACAUCAAUGGAAACAAAUUUAGAAUCGACGAUUACAUCUGCUAUUGGACAGACGACCGUUUCUACCGAUCAGGCCACCGAAUCUGUGAUGACGACGGAACCCAUCACGGAGUCAACGACCGCGUUAACAGGCUCUACGCCAAGUUCUACGUCAACAACUACCGGAACUACUGUCAUCGCGUUAUCCGCAGAAACUUCAGAAACGUCAGCAGCAAAUGUCACAGAAGCUUCAACGAGUUCGACGAUCCCAACUCAGGCGAACGAGGCGUCGUCCACGAAUGGACCACCUGCUGAUGAGAAUACCGUUUCAACGGGCUCGAACAAUCAGUCUAUCCCGAACGAGAUGGGAUCUACCGAUUUGCCAGUCACGACCACAAGUGAAACCGGGUCGACUGGACAGCUGACCACUGUAUCCUCGAGCACGAUGAUGAAUCGAAGGAAACGUAGCGACAGGAGCCCCAGGGGAUUCUUCUCUAGCUAUCCAGACGAAGGAAUUUGGAUGCAGGACCUAGGAAUCUGGAAGCCUUAUUCCACGACCUUGAACGAGGCAUCCGUCAGAGACUCGACGGAGAUAUCGUUCCUAGUAAACGGCUGUGAUGUCUCCUCCGUUACGGCUUCCAGAUACUUCGCAGUUCUACCUUUUGCCUAUUUUCCAUCGCUGCACGCAGUUGCACUUGAGUUUCCACUUGAUGACCCAAGGUACAAUAUCCUGCUAAUGAUGGCGACAGACAGAAGGGACACGUAUCGUUUGGCCAGAGAUCUUGGAGGGAAAUCGUUGAGACUCUUGCGGAAGCAGUUGCAGGCUACUUGGGUCAGGGCCACCAUUCCGUCCUUUAUGUUGCGCGGUUUUGUCACAUUAACGUCUUUCCUGCAAAGGUUGGGAAUUCUGGACGUGUUCGAGCCUAGAACCGCCGACCUCUCACCAAUGACACCAGAUCUUGGUGUGUACGCCAGAGACGUGCAACAGAGUAUCGGGGUGAACAUCAGAAACUAUAUGAAACCCGACAGAACCCACUCUCGUGAGUCGACUUAUCGUCCUACCGAUCCUCCAUUGAUCGUUCCACUGCGUCGGGACUAUUAUCGAUACUAUCAUCCAGGAAAUGGAUUAUUCGAGAGGGCAGGGCCAGUGCCAUUUACAGUUGUCCAUCCGUUCCUCUACUUCAUCGUCGACGCAGAGACUUCGGUAGCUUUGAUCGCUGGUCGGGUUAACGAUCCGCUCAAUUCGCGAAUUUUGUAACUCUUAAUCUACUUGGGAACAAAGAUGGACAAGUUCCGGGUAGUAAUAAACACAUAUGUUUAUUUGACAUACUUAUAAAUAUCGUUAUAUAUCUAUAAACAAUUACACACAUA